ACGAUGUUUGAAUUUGAUUACAGAAGCUGAAUAUGCAUUUCUAAAGCGAAAACGAAUCAUUCCCAUCAUGAUGGAGGAGUUUUAUCGACCUGAUGGAUGGUUAGGCCUUAUCAUUGGUGCAAAGUUCUAUAUGGAUUUCUCAGGGAGACUGGUCAUAGAAGAAGAAAUGAGCAAGCUACUCAGGGAAGUUCAAAUGCAUGCCCAUGAAGCCAAGCUCACCUACAAUGAUGAUACUGAUGAGGGGGAUUUGGCUGGUGUUAGUAUAUCAUUUCCUCUUGAUAGUGCAGGAAUAUCACUAAAAAUGGAAAGCAUGAAUUGGUCUGCAGCUCAAGUACAGGAUUGGCUGGCAGAAAAUGAAUUGGACCAUUUGCAACUGGUGAUGGCUGAAUACGAUGGCAAACUCCUCAAUCAACUCUACAAAAUGAGAACAAAUGCUCCGGAUUUUUUCUAUGCAAGCAUUAAAGAAGACUUCAACCUAAAAAGGUUAAUUGACAUCUUAAGAUUUACGCAAGCUCUUGAUUCACUUCUCAAAUAAUGAGUUCUGUUUUUUUUUGUUUUUUAUUAAGCAAAGGCUACCCUAUAAAGUAACCUUGAACAAAGAUUUGGUCUCAAUUGCUUUGCUCAAAGUUAAGCUCAUUUCAGUAUUUUUUGUCUUGAUGGUAUAAACACCGAGUCUCCCCAAAGUCUAACAAAGAAUGAUCAAUCAAUUGGAAAUCUUUAUUGUAUUUCUGAAAUGCUCAUUUUGUCCUGGUCUAAGCCAAUAUGUCACUCUACUGUGUACGCUAUAUACUUUAUUAACAUAAUAUUUUGUUUACGGCAAGACUAGAAAUUUAUGAGAGCAUAAUCUUGUGAUUUUAAUUUUGAUUCACCUACUAUACAGUCAAAAUUGUCUUGACAGCCACCUGUCUUUGAUGGCCCAUCAAAAUUGUCUACCAUUUUAGAGGAAUAUGUGUUUAAAAAGUUGUGGAUAAAGGUCACCUGUCUUCACUUAGGUGGCCUUAAAAGACGCCUUCUAUGUACUUGAAAAAAUACAGCGCCACCACAAAAUAUUUCGUUAUACAGUAUAUCGGAUGUAUUUUUAAGGGCAAUAUAAUGGCUUCGCAUACUACAUUAUCUUUCAUGUCAAUAUGAACGUAAUUUCAAAGAGUUUUGUCCAUGUUCCAUGCCUUACCAAGGAUUUGUUAGUAAAGGUCAUACCUGAACAUCCAAUACAUUUAUGUCAUUUAGAGACUUUAGUACAGGCUCAUGUGCAACUAUGCUACCCUACUAUGACAUGAGGGAACAAAAGUGUACUUUAUUGUAAAAGAGCAAAACAUGUCUGUGAUUUAUUUAGACACCCAUGCAUUGGCACAAUGGUUAAAGCCUCUCUUUAGUCUUGGUAGUUCCCCCCUGUAUUCCAUUUCAUUUCAUUACUAGAUCAUAUUAAUGAAUGUGAAAAAUUUACCAAUUUUACAUCAGAAUUUAAUUUGGUGCCCCCAAAACCCCAGAAUAUCUCUGUUUUGUUUGUACAAAACCCCUUCUCAAGCAUGGAAUGGUCUGAAAAUUUCAGGAUAUACAUGUAAUCUUUGUCAGGAGCUAUCUAAUAUCAUAUUACUAAAUAUGUGAAGGAAGCGCUCUAAUUGCUAUUUUUAUUUGAAAUAAAAACAUUACUGAGAGAAGGCACUAGAUUGAAAGUUGAAUGCUGACGGCCAGAUAAAUGCCAUAUAUAUUUCAAUUCUAAUGAGUAAAAAUGCAUUCAAUGGCUAAUAUGAUUUUGUAAUAGUAUUAUGUUUGAUGAUACUCCAGUGCAUUUAACAUUACUGACCAUUUAACAAGCUUCAAAUGAGAUUUAACAAACCAUAUACAUGUAUCAUAGAUCUCAUAGCUGAACUAAUGUUUUCUAUGAAAUUUUGUUAGGAAACAGUUUUAAAUUUCUAGAAUAUAAAGGCAUUAUAACUUAAUUUUGGUUAAUAUGCCCCUUGUUUCAUUAUGUCAUAGUAGUGCAAUAUAAAUUUUAUGUUUGCUUUAUUAAAUCCAUAGUUUGGAUUUGCCUGCAAAAAAUGCUGUCCCUGGCAUAGCACAGAAAUCCUUAGGCAAUAUGUAUUAAAAAAGUCAUUCGUUGAUCGUGACAAAAAAUUAAAAUUUGUUAAAUGCCAAAAGAAUACAUGUGUAGCUAAUGAACUGUCAUACAUAUGUCAUAGGACAUCUUUUAAAUUAUAUCCAUUGCUCAAAUAUAAUUACUUUCAAUUUUUUUGAGAGAAAAAUUUUGUGGAAUUGAUAUCCCACAACAUAUGGAAGAGCAGCUCGUUUGUGAUGCUUGAAAUCAAUAUUUAAAUAAUUAAUGACUAUGUUAUUCUUUGACAAAUUUUCAUUGAAGUAAUAUUUUUCUCUAUUUUUUCCUCCUUUUAAUAAAACAAGUUAUUGUCAGAGUGAACUUUCCCUAUAACGUUUUCAUAUGAUACGUUUUUUGUGAUCACAUAACAGGUGUAUUUAUGUUCAAUUAUAGGUCUUAUGAAAGAGUCGUGCAAUGAGUUCAUCAGACUCACAUUGUGCAAUAUUUGUGGGUAGUUUAUGCAAAUAGUCAGUGAAAAUGGUUUAUCUACAUUUUUGUAAAUGAGUUUACCAUUUGUGUGUUUUGUGCAUGCGCUUAGGUUAUGUUCUAAUCGUGACCUCACUCUGACACAUGAAUCCUCAGAAAUUGGUCGACCAAAGUGUAUUAGACACAGUACAUUGAUGACGGCCUUUCUCUUAUAAGUGAAUUAAAAAAUACAUUUGAGUACUGCAGUUUUCCUGGUAUAUAGUUCUACUGCUAAAUCUUCCCUGUUCUUGGGAUUCAUCAUUUCUUUGAUGUUUCAUUUCUUACUAGCUGCCUGUGCUAUGUAUUAGGAAAAGGUAGUUAAUUCAAAAGCACCAUCAUAAAGAAAGUUAGUGGUGCAUGUGUUAUGAAAUGCAUAAAUUGUCAAUUUAGACUGUUAUUUUUCUGAAAAGAAGACAGACACGAUGCCACCAUAAUUUGAUGUUUUCAAAGAAUCUUUCUUACUUAGAAACAUAAACAUGCUUUCUUUGAUGCUCUGAAUUGUAUAUUGGUGAAUUUAUGUAUUGAAGUCAAUUCUGAAAUUUUAUUUGUUUUGUAAUUAUUUUCAUUUUAAGUUGUGCUUUCAUUACUCAAUAUCUGAUUUCCUGCAAUUUUUUUGUAUGGGUAAGAUUUAUGAAGAUAUUUAUUUUUCUACUUUUAUAAAGAUGGACUUGUACAUAUGGUAUAAGAUAUAUCAUGAUGCUUAUAUGCAUUAUGUAUAUAAAAUGUUGAGACACCUAAGUCUACAUGUAUGUAUAAUGAACCUGGAAUCAUUACCCUGUGUGCAAUUAGAUAAAUGGUUAAACCAUCUAUGUAUAUUUGAUUUAUUUGGUUUAUUGCCUAUUAGUUAUUUUAAAGGUCAAGUCUACCCCAGAUAAAUGUUGAUUUGAAUCAAUAGAGAAAAAUCAGACAAGCAUAAUGCUGAAAAUUUCAUCAAAAUCGGAUGUAAAAUAAGAAAGUUAUGACAUUUUAAAGUUUGCUUAUUUUUCACAAAAUCGUUAUAUGCACAAUUUAGUCACAUGCAAAUGAGAGAAUUGAUGAUGUCCCACACUCACUAUUUCCUUUGUUUUUUAUUGUUUGAAUUAUACAAUAUUUCAAUUUUUACAGAUAUGGCAAUAAGGACCAACAUGACUGAACCCUAAAAUGUUAGACAAUGGUAAUUCCACAUGUUCAGGGCAAAAUAAUUUUAUUUUCACAGGACAACGAGGAGAAAAUAAGUAUAUUUAAUAUUUCGUAUAAUAAAAUACAAAAGAAAUAGUGAGUGAAUGAUGUCAUCAGUUCCCUCAUUUGCAUACUGACUGGGAUGUGCAUAUAAUUAUUUUGUGAAAUUAAGCGAAACUAUAAAAUAUCGUAACUUCCUUAUUUUACAUCCGAUUUUGAUGAAAUUUUCAGUGAUGUGCUUGUUGGAUUUUUCUAUUUUUAUUCAAAUCAACUUUUUGUUGGGGUGGACUUGUCCUUUAAAGUGGUAAGCGAAGUGGUAGUUGCACAAAUGUUUGUUUUUGUUUUUCUUUCCUUGCCCUCUGUCUAUAUAUGAAAAGGGGGAAGUCCACCCCAAGACAAGGUUGAUUUAAAUAGAAAGUGAAAUAUCAAACGAACAUAGCACUGAAUAUUUAAGAGAUGUAGAAUAAGAAAGUUAUGACGUUUUAAACUUGGCUCAUUUCCACAAGAUAAUACAUGUAGCAUGGGCAUCCUGGUCAGUAUGCAAAUGAGGGAACUGAUGACAUAAUCCACUCACUCUUUCUGCUGUAAUUUAUUUGAAGAAAUAUUGAUAUCUCAUUACAAUUUAAAACAAAGUUUAAUUCCUCACUGUGCAGUGGGAAUUUGCCAUUUUCGUCUCGCCUGCAUAGCAGAGCGAGACUACAGGCGCCGCUUUUCCGAUGGCGGCGGCAUCUCUAGUUAAAUCUUAACCAAAGGUUAAGAUUUUAAAAUGUCAUCAUAACUUAGAAAGUAUAUGAACCUAGUUCAUGAAACUUGGACAUAAGAGUAAUCAAGUAUCAGUGAACAUCUUGUACGAGUUUCAGGUCACGUGACUAAGGUCAAAGGUCAUUUAAGGUCAAACUUUGGCCAUAUUGGGGAUAUUUGUUGAAUUGUCAAAUCUUAUGGAUAUCGUUCAUGAAAUGUGGACAUACAAGGGUAAUCACUGAUUGUGUUCCACAAGCCUUAGGCCACAAGGUCAUUUCAUUUAGGGUCAAUGAACAUUGUAUUAUCACAUGAAUGGUGUUUUGGGUGAAUAAUUAUUCUAUAGUCGUUUCCAAAGUCAGCACUGCUGCUAUAUUGGAAAGACUGCUAGAGGCUUUCCACUUGUUACCUAUUGUUAUUGAACAAGGUGCUUCCUGAUUUUACAAUUAGGGAGCACCUUGUUCAAUAAUAAUAGGUAAGAAGUGGAAGAAUUGAAAUAUUUCAUACAAAAGAGUGACAUCUUUAUCAUUUGCAUAUGAUAUAUCUGUGUUGUGCAUAUAUAACUUGUCUGUGAAAAAUUAAGCUUUUAAGAUGCCAUAUGUUAUCUGAUAUUGAUGAAAUCGUCAGCUUUAAGCUUGUUAGAUUUUCUCUAUUCAAUGAGGGCUAAACUCUGGUUGUGAAUUACAGGUUUCAGAUUUGGUGAAAGAGAAAGUUUUUGUUUUAAUCCGUUAUGUCUAGUUGAAUCGAGCACCUUUCUUUCAAGUAUGGUACAGUGAUAACAAGCAAAACAUUACAAAUUUUGUGAAAGAUGAAACAAAAUUUGAUGCCGUUGUUCGACUAUACAACUUGUAAAGUAAUCAUUGUUUUAGAUUAUUAUUUGAGAAUUGACUCUUCAUAAUGGAUUCAUUUAAUGUACAUGGCUAGAAAUUCUAGAUUAACUUGCCAGACUAUCUGUUAAUACUAUACAAAAAAGUGCAGUUUUGUCAAGAAUUGUGUGAAAAAUGCUUUGGUUAUGAGAUAUUGCCUUUUCCCCUCUGUAUUAUAAUAUCUUGCCAGGCUUACAGUGUGCUUCAAAUAAUUUUGUCAGGUAUAUCAAUUACAAUUUUACAAAUUAUCACA